AUGAAAGGGUUGGUGGAGAAGGGUUUGGGUGACGAUUCUAUCCCCGUCUUGCACCAUCCAAUUAGGCAAGCCCCGUCGCACCUAUCAACGUCCGGGUCUGGUCAUCGACAAAUUCACACUGGAACUCACAAAACGGGUAGUUCCAGUCACGAGUCGGGUCAAGUCCGAUCUGCUCUCUCGCAAUCUUCCCCCGUUUCGUUACAAUCGUUUUCGUUGAACUCGUCGUCGUCCUCGCCGCCGUCGGUUUUCGCGCCUUUCCAGGCGUCGGUGUCAGAAAAUUUCGUACUAUCGCCUCCUCCAACCUGCCUGACAAUUGUUCCUUCUGUUCCUGCUUCCGAAUCCACUGUAUUUCUACCUACCGCACUCAUCAAGGUACAAGAUGUGCGUGGAUCAUUUCAAUUUGCCCGUGCAUUAUUGGAAAGUGGAUCACAACCGAAUUGUAUUUCGGAAUCGCUUUGUCAAAAACUAUGCCUAAAGCGCACCAAGAUCAACCAACCUGUAAGUGGAGUAGGACAGUCUAUCGUGAAUGUUCGCAACAAUGCUGUAGUGAAUAUUGUUUCUCGUUUUGGAACAUUCAGCGUUCAAUUAGACUGUCUCGUGCUGCCUAAGCUGACGCACGUCUUGCCAGCCAGGACAGUAGAAAUCGCCCACUGGAAACUGUCGAAACACCUGCCAAUUGCUGAUCCACAGUUUCACGUUACCGCCGGUGUUGAUAUUCUGAUAGGAGCCGAGCUAUUUAUUAAGCUCCUUCAGCCAGAGCAGAUUCAUCUUGGUAACGGUUGUCCUACUCUUCAGAAAACAGCACUCGGAUAUGUCGUAGCAGGUAAGUCCAGCUUGCGACAAAUGACCCCUGUGGUGUGCAGCGUCGCCUCGGUUGAUGAUCAAUUGCAAAGAUUUUGGGAAAUUGGGGGAUUUGAGCAUGCUUUUCCAUGCUCGAAUCCCUCACUAAGGAGGAACAAUUGUGCGAGGACCAUUUUCAAUCAACACGCUCAAGAGCCUCGGAUGGUCGCUACAUCGUUCGAUAUGCAACUCGUCAAGAAAAGUUGCCACUAUUGGGGGACACUAUGUCAACGGCCCAUCGGCGUUUCAAUUCACUUGAGCGUUGUUUUCGCGCACUCCCACUUCAUGAACGACUACGAGCAGCUCGGGCACAUGGAGGAGGUGGAAUUCCGCGCCGCGAAACCGCAGUUUAUCUUGCCCCAUCAUGCUGUUCACAGUCCUGAUAGCACGACAACAAAGAUCCGAGUAGUCUUCGAUGGAUCAUCGAAAAGCAGUUACUACAUAUCGCUCAAUGACUUUCUAUACACUGGGACUACCGUUCAGCCAACCCUCCUGUCGAUUGUGCUGAAUUUUCGUCUCCAUCGCUACGUCGCGUCCGUUCAUAUUGAGAAAAUGUUUCGGCAAAUUCUCAUCCAUCCGGACGAUAGAUCUCUGCAGCAAAUCCUUUGGAGGAACUCAGAGUCGGAACCGUUAAAAUUGUACCAGCUGCGAACCGUAACAUACGGUACAUCUGCUGCUCCAUUUCAAGCAACAAGGGUCUUGAAUCAGAUCGCCGAGGAUGAAAAUGAACGUUUUCCACUGGCCACGCCCGUAGUAAGAUCAAGCUUUUAUGUCGAUAAUCUGCUUUUUGGAGCAAACAACCUAAAUUACGUCGUCGAAACCUGCAAUCAAGUCAUCGAAAUGUUGAAGUGUGGACGAUUCAAUCUUCGACAAUGGUGUGCAAACGAUCCAAGAAUUCUCGCGCACAUUUCUCCUGAGCUUCGUGAACCAUCAGCAGCGCUGGAACUCGAUCGAAGCUCAUCACAGGACCAGUUUGGAUUCAAGGUACCGUCACUCCCACCCUUGAAGACGGUAACAAAACGUAUUGUGCUAUCUGAGACAUCUCAACUCUUCGACCCACUGGGACUUGUCGGGCCGGUUGUUGCAAGCGCAAAAAUAUAA